GAAUUCUUUGUUAAAGCUCUCUCUCUAGUGUUGUUCCUACAAUCAUACGUUGUGAGAAUUAAGGCAAGUUAAUGAUUUAUAAUCUAAUUUUGUCUAGAGAAUAAUUUUAAGAAGUUUAAACUACAUACAAUAAAAAUGAUAACUAAAAAAUUUCUUCUUUUUGUUUUAAAGUAUAAAAUAAUAUACAUAAAUUUUUAUUCUCAACAGCCCCAUAUAAAAACUUCUUAUAUGGACACUAUGAAAUUAUGGUUUGGUGUUACUGUGGUUGGUUAUGGAUACAAAUUAUGCACUUGUUGUAAGUGAACCAUUCAAUCUUGUUUAAUGCUUUGAUGAGAAUUGUCGGCCUAAUUUGCAGCACUCGGUUUGUUUUCAUAAUAUUUACAUGGGUGUAAGAGUUUUCUUUUUGGGAUAAAUUCUAGAUUGACUCUUGACAAUAGCAUUCCAUUCGAGACUGAUGGAGAUCUCACCUCGUUUUGUCUUGUGUAACAUGAUUGUGAAUAACAUUAAUGAUUACAUAACUCAUGCAUAUUUCGAUCAUGCUAUUCUCCAUGAUCAAAUUCACAAUGCUGCUAUUGAUUAAGCAAAUAAUUAUAAUUGGUUUAAUCUCAAACGAAAAACUAUUAUACAAGAGAAAAAUUCCAAUAAUAUAAUUAUUUCUCUCUUUUAUGUAAUUGUGUGUAUGAUGGGCUGGAAUACCAUGACAUGUUGUGUCAACUUCAAAAAAUGUACAAAAUAGACACUUUUGACAAUAUACACAAAAUGAAACAUUUGAAUUAUUAUUUAACUUUCUUUACAUACAACACAUGUUGUUUCGCCUUGAAACAACAAAAAAACAUGAUCGAGAACACUAUCAGCCAUCCAAUCCAACCAGUUUGAUAUUAAGCUAUGAAUACGAAGAUCCCCGUACAAAGACAUUUGUGCCUAUGAAGGAUGAACCAAGUUGUUUUGUGUUGAAUUCGUCACCAUCCUGAAUUCAACAAGCGUCCACUGCUUAUGAGGUAUCAUGUCUCUCAUCAUCUAUGUAGUUGGGUUGGCCAAGACAAAAGAGAUCUGCUUUGUAGCUAAAGGAAAAAUCAGUCUCAUCAUGGGUGACCAUGUAGCUAAGGCGACAUUUCGGAAACUUUCGAUUCUUAAAUUGUCAACAAGAUUGGAAGUUGGAGGGAUUGUCGGUUACUCGUUGGUUUCGAGUUGUGUCCUCAGCUUUGAAGGAGACGAGGAGUUGCUCGCGGAGCUUCUUCGGCAUGGGUGAUAAUGAUGAGAGUCUUAGUAUUGUGUUUGUUUGUGGGAACUUAGAUUUUUGUGUUUAUGACUGUUAAACUCUGUCUGAUAUGUAUGCACUUGUUUGCUUGUGAAAAUGAUAGUAAAAAAAACUUAAAACAAAAACAAAUAUCAUGAAAAAAUGUUAGAAAACAGAUAUAGUUAUACCUGAUAAUUGUUGAUUCCUUCAACUUCAAUCUGUAAUUUUCAAAGAAAUAUGUCGUCGCAGAGAGGGAUGAAUAUUACCAGUCAAACCAGCGUUUAAGAUAACUGUCGUAUAUGAAAAUAUGUGAAAAUCAGUCUCUCAAAAAUAUAGAUGCGUUUGUUUUGCAAAGAAGCUUUUCUAUUUUUAUUUACACUUUCUCUCUUAUUUUUUUGUUCAUUAAUUUAUUGGUUGAAAAACUGUCGAGAGAUCGGUUUUUAGUCUCCUUAUAAAGAUGAUUACACUUUUAUAGUUCACAUGAAUAAAGUAUUUUACCUUAAAAAACCGAGUCAAACUAAAUUUAAAAUAGUUAAUAUACAAUUUAUCUAUAUACAUAAUUGAUUUUUUUUUUGUUCCCACUCCAUCAAAUUAUUUAUAAAAACUUAACACAUUAAUACAAUUAUUCUAUAAAAAUUAGAUUUUCUUACACCUCUCUUAAUUUUACAAUCUGGACCACUUAUAUCAGCACAGUAUUCAAUAUCUCAUAAAUAUAUAUAUAUAUAUAUAUAUAUAUAUAAUUAAUAAUACAUCUAAACUAACUAAUUUUUAACUUAAAUUUUCCAUAAAAACAAUUUAGUAAAAAAAUAAUAAUAUAGCAUAUAAAAGUUAAAGAAUCAAUUAAAAUUAAAAGAUAUUUACUAUUUGAUUUCAUAUUUUAUCAAAUCAAAUCAAGGCCACAUAAAGUAAAUUCACUCAGUCAUCAAAAUUAGAGAAAUUAUUAAAUUUUCUUUUUUGAAAAUUACGUUCAAAGAUUAAUAUAUAAUUAAAACAUAUAUUUUAGAAUAAUUAAACGGAGUCAAUGUAUAAAAUAAAAAAAUGAAUAAAGUAUAAAAAUAAACUAUAAAUCCAUAGAAGAAAAAUCUACUAAAUAAUAUUUUUGAAUCUAAAUUACUCAAUAAAAAUGGCCAAAGUCCAAAAAAACUCAUUUCCCUCUCGCGGGAGUAUUUUUGGCUCCAAUCACUUUUUUUUCACAAAAGACCGCCUCCUCCAACUUCUCGGUGCUAAUAAACCCAAACGGAUCUCCAAAAUGAAAAUCCUUCAAACUCCACAGCUCAAAUCCACCGUCCAAUCUUCUACCCAUUCGUCUUCCCCCACAGCGAUGGAGAGUCAACAGAAGCGCCAGCGAAAAACACGCCUCGCCGGAAGAAACUUGAGGCGAAAGCUGUCCCGGGAGACAGACGCGGCGUCGUCGAUAGUCAUGCAGAUUACGGAGGUCGAAGAAGACGAAGAAGCAGAUCUCGUCGCCUCGAUCCGCCGCCACGUUGAGGUUUUGAACUCCAGCUUCUCAGAUCGCGAAGCUGUCAAAGAAGCUGCUGCUGCUAUCUCCUCUCUCGCUAAAAUCGAUGAAAACGUGGAGAUGAUGGUGGAGAAUGGAGUCAUCCCUGCUUUGGUUAGAUAUCUAGAAUCGCCGUGGUCUUUGGCGAUCAAUCCAAACGUUCCCAAGUCUUGUGAUCAUAAGCUGGAGAAAGACUGUGCUGUUUCCCUUGGACUUAUUGCUGCUAUUCAGCCUGGUUACCAGCAGCUCAUUGUGGAUGCUGGGGCUAUAGUUCCCACUGUGAAGUUGUUGAAGAGACGAGGGGUUUGUCUUGGGUGCAUGGAAGCUAACGCUGUUAUUAGGAGAGCUGCUGAUAUCAUCACUAAUAUUGCUCAUGACAAUCCAAGGAUUAAAACAAAUAUAAGGGUUGAAGGUGGCAUUCCACCGCUUGUUGAGCUUUUAAAUUUUCCGGAUGUCAAAGUACAGAGGGCUGCUGCAGGGGCCUUGCGUACAGUUUCAUUUAGAAAUGAUGAUAACAAGAACCAAAUUGUGGAGUUGAAUGCUUUGCCCACGCUUGUAUUGAUGCUUCAGUCAGAAGAUCCUUCUAUGCAUGGCGAAGCGAUUGGGGCAAUUGGAAAUCUUGUCCACUCAUCUCCUGACAUCAAGAAAGACGUUAUCCGUGCUGGUGCCUUACAACCAGUGAUCAGUUUACUUAGCUCCACUUGUUUAGAGACACAGAGAGAAGCAGCAUUACUAAUAGGUCAAUUUGCUUCGCCUGAUUCAGAUUGCAAGGUGCACAUUGCCCAGAGAGGUGCCAUUACACCAUUGAUUAAGAUGCUUGAGUCAUCAGAUGAGCAGGUCAUGGAAAUGUCAGCUUUUGCUCUUGGUCGUUUGGCUCAGGACACACACAAUCAAGCUGGCAUUGGACAAAGAGGAGGCAUCAUCUCACUACUAAAUCUUCUUGAUGUGAAUACUGGAUCUGUGCAACACAACGCUGCAUUUGCUUUGUAUGGCCUUGCAGAUAACGAGGAAAAUCUAGCAGACUUCAUUAAGGCUGGAGGUAUUCAAAGGCUUCAAGAUGACAACUUCACUGUUCAACCGACUAGGGAUUGUGUUGUGAGGACACUGAAGAGGCUAGAGAACAAGGUUCAUGGACCUGUACUGAACCAAUUAUUAUAUCUGAUGAGAACCACUGAGAAGCCUAUACAAAUGCGAAUUGCUUUGGCUCUUGCACAUCUUUGUGACCCUAAAGAUGGAAAAUUAAUUUUCAUUGAUAACAACGGAGUAGAGUUUCUGUUGGAGCUUCUAUACUUGUCAGGCAUGAAACAGCAGAAAUAUAGUUCAAGGGCUUUAUUUGAAUUAGCUAGAAAAGCUACUUCCUUUGCGCCAGAGGACUCAGCUCCUUCCUCACCCACCCAACGGGUUUUUUUGGGUGCGGAGUUCGUGAACAACCCUACUUUGUCCGAUGUCACAUUCCUAGUCGAUGGUAAACAAUUCUAUGCUCACAAGAUUUGCUUGGUAGCUUCCUCUGAUAUAUUCCGUGCAAUGUUUGACGGCCUUUACAAGGAACGGAACGCCCAAAACGUGGAGAUUCCAAAUAUAACAUGGGAAGUGUUUGAGCUUAUGAUGAGAUUCAUAUACACAGGAAGAAUUGACAUCACCAAACAUUUGGCUCAAGAGCUGCUUGUUGCAGCUGAUCAGUAUCUUAUCGAAGGCCUCAAGCGCCUUUGUGAGUACACAAUCGCACAGGACAUCUGUGUGGAUAACAUACCGUUAAUGUAUGACUUAGCUGAUACAUUCAAUGCUUCAGCCUUAAGACGAGCAUGCACUCUCUACGUUCUUGAGCAUUACACUAAGCUCAGCUCUGAAACAUGGUUUCCCAUGUUUAUCAAGAAAAUUAUACCUGAAAUCCGGACAUACAUCACAGAUAUUCUCACACGGCCAGUCCAAGCUAGCUCAACCGUUGUAUAAAACAUUUAUAACUAGAUUACUUUUAUUUUGGUUAGAUAACCAGAUUGUAUCCUUGUUACUGCUCUUUUGCUCAACUCAGUAAUAUCAAGAGGCCCUGGAAGUUAGAUUUUCUGUAAUUGUUUAGUAUAAGUUACUUCCACAAAUGGCACAGAAAAUUAGACCAACUCAACAAUUGUAGUGUCAACUGAUCAGUUCUAGCAAGAGUAUUGUAAGCUUCUGAAUGUCUUUGUAAGCAUCGUUUUUGAGAA